AGUGGAACGAUUCCUCUGCAGGUUUUCAUCAGUAGGUCUCUACUGGUCCUGUAUUGGUUAAAUGCUGGACGGCUUCAUGCAUCAAACUGGUUUUCUGAAGUGAGGAUCCUUUCUGUCCGUCACCUCUACUGUUCUGAUCGACCUCUUUAGAUUAUUUCUGAUUGUCAGAUUAUUUCUGGACAUGUUGUCCUGCAGCUUGUCUCCAGAUCUGUCAGAAGAACCAUCCAUGGUUUUCUGAUUAGAAACAAUAAACUGAAAACCAGUUUGGUUGUUUUUUUUCUGGGAUCUGUUGCAUUUUAUAUUUUUGAUUGUUUGUUUCCCUCAUAUUAAUUUUUCCUCUGUUACCUUUAUGUUAGUCAGUAACCAUCCUCCACUGUACAUUUACUAGCCAGUUACUCCCAUCCUUUGUCAGAUCCCUGUGUUAGUGUGUCAUGAUGUCUGAUGUUUUAUGAUUUUUGCCGUUGAUUUUUUUAGUUUUUGGUUUAUUUAGACUUUUUUUUGCCUCCAUGUUCCUUGUAUGAUUUGGAUAUUCUGUUCUACUUUUAUUUUGGAUCAGAGUUAAUGGACGCCAUCAUUUGAGCCACCGCAGGAGAAAACUUAACACUGUUAAACAGCAGCUUAAAAACCUAAAGGAAGUUUUUCCACACUGUUACUGGUAUUCUAAUGAAAAUCAGCGUGAUGAUGUCUGGUAUUAUUCAGCUGAAAACACAGUGGACUGUGGUUUUGCUGGUACAAGCUGUUGGCUAAUCCAAGACAUUACAACACAUUGCUCUUCCUCUUUCAUCUGAACAUUGAAUUUAUUUACAUUUUAAGACUUUCUGUAAUACCACAAUAAUGCCUUUUGAUUAUUUAUAUUUUAUAUUUACAUAAAUUUGUUUUUUAGAAAUAGGGUAUUCAUCCUGUUUUUUAAAAAAGGAUGAGCUAAUGGUAUGGAAACCAAAUGACGUCAUGCAUGGUGGGUGUUGCUUCGUUCAGAAUGUCAACUCCAAGAAGGAAGUUACAUCGUCUUCACUUUGAGGCUGAGAGAGUUGAACAACGUCCAGCGGCUGCUGGACAGACAAGAAAUGCCCAGACUGGAGGUAUUGCUGCUCUUUGUGCUGCAGUUGAAAGGUAUCAGUGGAGAUGAACCUGAUCUCUAUCGCACAGUUGGAGAUGAUGUUGUUUUACCUUGUGUUGGUCCAUCUUCUUCAUCGUGUCGCAGUGUUACAUGGCUUUAUAACGACGUUCUUGGCCGAACCACUGAGAACAAAGUCACAGAUGGAAAUAUUGACCAGAAGUCAGUUAAUGCUGCCAGGCUGAGUUUGAACACUGACUGCUCUCUGAUCAUAAAGAACAUCAUUCCUGAGGAUGCUGGACGUUACACCUGCAGGAGAGGAAACACAGACAGCCUAAUGCAUCUGAAUAUUUUAUCCAUCUCUCCAUCUCAACCAGCUGGUGAUGCAACAAAGGAUGGAAAUAUAAACCUACAAUGUUCUCUGUGGAGCUUUUCACAGACCACAUGUUCAGUUAACAGACUCGUCUGGGUAAAUGACACAGGAAACAAACUAGUUGGUGAAGAUGUCACCGACCAGAAGACCAGUUCACAGAUCCAGUGUGUUUCCUCUCUGACUGUGAAGCCUCUGAAUAACAGAUACACCUGCCAGUUUAUUCAGAGAAACACAGUGAAGGUAGAAGCUCACUACCCACCUUUAUCUAAAGAUCAGACUCUGAUCUACAUCAUUGGACCGGUGCUGGGAGUGGGGCUGCUGCUGCUGGCUGCCAUCGCUGCUGUUCUCAUCAACUGCAGAAGGAGAACCAAACAGUCAGACGAGCCCAAGAACUCCAAUUCAGAUGUCAGAAAAACAAACAAUCAAAUUCACCAAAAUGCGGAGUCGCCGUCCACUCUGACGUAUGCAUCGAUCCGCCAUUUUACUCCAAACUCCCCUCUCAGGGUCACAGUUCAACACGAUGAGGUCACUUAUUCUGCUCUGAAGCCUGAAAUGGAGACGGACUUCGAUCACAACAGUCUCUACAGCCGUGUCAUCAAACCAGAAUAAACCAGACAGGAUGACAUGAAUUAUCAUGACUUUGCAUUAGAAAUCCUCUUAAAAGGAAGUGGCAAGUGUGUUUCUCCAUAAAUGGACACAUAGUUCUAGUUUAUUAUUGAGGAAGUACAACUAUGUUUUUUUUUCUUUGCAUUUAAGAUUUCAUCAUAAAAAACCCCAGUGAAAAAAGCUGCGAGAAAAAGCUAAGAAAAAGAAGAAGCUAUUAGGAAACUACUUGAUCAAAUGAGGAGAUCAAUAACCAAAGUUCAUCCUGGAAAUCCAUUUAAUUCCAUCAUUUAGUGGGAGGAUGUGACUGUAUUACACUGGAAUGUCUCAAACAUCAAAUUGGUGGUUAAAUUUUUAGAUUGUUUUUGUGUGAUAUGCAAGAAAAGUACCAAAUGUAGUUGGAUAUAAAAAAGGUGACUGUAAUGGUUGCCCUGGCUACCCAUUAGCCAGUUAGCUAAAGGGUUCUUGACUCAGACUGACAGCAUUUGCAGCAUCAGGAUUUAGUAAACCAGGUUUCCUGAAUCUGAUAUUUUGUGGAAGUGGUUGGGCAAUUUUCCGCACAAACAGAUUAUGUGGAGAGCAGAAGGUUCUCACAUGGUUAUUACAUCAGAUUAAUCUGUCAUACAGAAGAGGUUAACACCAAGCGCUAAUUAGCAUGUGGCUAACACAAUCAAAAACAGUUUAAUCUCUUUCACUCCUAUUAAAGAUCUUAAAAAUGCUGUGCAUCUUUUCCCAGCAAAUGUGAAAAAUAUUUUGACUUUUUAUUAAAAAAAUCUAAACAAGUUUAUGAAUUUUCUUAAUACUUAAGUCUUAACUGAGUUUGCAUUAUGAGCUGCAAAAUUAAGUGUUUGAAAAUCAACUAAUAUGUAGCCUCAGUAGAGAUUUUGCAUAAACUUCAUUCUUCAUGUUUUUUAUAUUGCCUUUAACAAUAAGAGAUUCUCAGUUAUGUAACAAUAUAAAUUUAUUCUAUACGUGUUUUUUCUCUGUCUUAAUAAAAUUUUCAAUAAUUGUGAAUUCUGCAUUUUUGUUAUGAAAAGAAAAUAAUGCUUUACUUAACUUUUCUGACUGUUUACUAUGUAAAAGGUGCCAAAGGAGGAGAUUUAUUAUGUUAUUUGUUGGUACAAAUGUGGAAAUAAUUAAUAGAUUAGUAAAUAGAGUGGCUCUCAAAUCAUAACAAGCAUCAAUU